CUUAAAGCCCUCUCUCACUUGCCUUACGUGAACCCUAAUAUCUCUUUAUUUAUUUAGCUAAAUAAAAGAGUUACAAGUUUUGGGUUUGUCUUCCGUCUCUAGAACUCCCAAAGCCAACAAAUCAAGAGAAUCAAAUACUUCAUCAACUUUUUCUCCUUCUCUAUUCAGUUUCUUAAUUAGUGGACGAAUACUUUAUUUCGUUUCGACUAAUUCAGCUUUAAUCCUCAGUAACCUGUGACUGAGCGAGGGACGUUUAUACAUCGAUCAAUUUUGGGAAUGGAUAAUCAAGAGGUUUCUAUGGAUGUUGAAGCCCAGAUCGAGAAUAACGACGAUGAUCGAACCCUUCCCUUUUCAGUUUUUAAAAAAGCUAAUCUUCCUAUUACUUUAAGGUUUGAGAAUGUUGUGUACACGGUGAAGGUGAAGGAACAAAAAAGCUGGCCCUGGGAAACCAAAGGCAAAACCCAAGAGCGGUCUAUCUUGAAGGGCUUAACCGGGAUCGUCAAACCGGGAGAGAUCCUGGCUAUGCUUGGUCCUUCGGGAAGUGGCAAGACCAGUUUGUUGACAGCUUUAGGAGGGCGGGUUAGUGAAGGGAAAGGGAAGCUCACAGGGAGCAUAUCUUACAACAACAAGCCAUUCUCCAAAGGUGUGAAGCGAGCCACCGGUUUCGUGACUCAAGACGAUGCUCUUUACCCUCACUUGACUGUUACGGAAACUCUAGUGUACACCGCGCUUCUCCGGCUUCCGAAUUCUUUCAAGAAACAUGAGAAGAUCAAACAAGCUGAGGCCGUCGUGACUGAAUUGGGUCUAGAAAGAUGUAAGAACACUAUCAUUGGGGGACCUUUCUUGAGAGGAGUUUCCGGCGGUGAGAGGAAAAGGGUUAGUAUAGGGCAAGAGAUUCUUAUAAACCCUAGUUUACUCUUUCUUGAUGAGCCUACGUCUGGUCUUGAUUCGACCACGGCUCAGAGGAUCGUGUCGAUUUUGUGGCAACUGGCUCAUGGUGGAAGAACGGUCGUGACAACAAUUCAUCAACCUUCUAGUAGGUUGUUCUAUAUGUUUGAUAAGAUUCUUCUCUUAUCAGAAGGUAACCCGGUCUACUUCGGGCUUGGAUCCAACGCUAUGGAUUAUUUUGCUAGCGUUGGAUACUCCCCAUCCGUCGAAAGGAUUAAUCCGUCAGAUUUUCUUUUGGACAUCGCAAACGGUGUUGGAUCAGACGAAUCCCAAAGACCGGAGGACUUGAAGGCAGCUUUAGUUGUGGCUUACAAGACAAAUCUAUUGGAAAGUGUUAUCAAUGCGGUUAAAGAACAAGAUGAUCAUUCUAACCAAUCAAUAGAGAAACAUGGAGAUAGCAAGCAUUUUGGAGACUGGCCAACGACGUGGUGGCAGCAGUUUUGUGUUCUCUCGAAGAGAGGCCUUAAGCAGAGGCGACACGAUUCUUUCUCUGGCCUAAAGAUUGGUCAGGUCUUUAUCGUGUCUUUACUAUGUGGUCUUCUUUGGUGGAAAACGAACCUUUAUCAUUUGCAAGAUCAGAUAGGGCUAUUGUUCUUUAUGUCAUCCUUCUGGGGAUUCUUCCCUCUCUUCCAACAAAUCUUCACGUUUCCUCAAGAACGAAAAAUGCUCGAGAAAGAACGUUCCUCGGGCAUGUACAGGCUGUCCUCUUACUUCAUGUCCCGAGUUAUCGGGGACCUCCCUAUGGAGCUUAUUUUACCAACCAUAUUUCUCACCAUCACAUAUUGGAUGGCUGGUUUAAACCCUAAAGCUGUGAAAUUCUUUCUGACACUUUUGGUCCUCCUCGUCCAUGUCCUUGUCUCUGGUGGACUAGGACUAGCCCUAGGUGCCCUAGUGAUGGACCAGAAGUCAGCCACGACACUCGGGUCAGUCUUAAUGCUGACGUUUUUGUUAGCAGGAGGAUACUACGUUCGACAUGUCCCAGUGUUCAUCUCUUGGAUUCAAUACGUAUCAAUAGGUUACUACACCUAUAAACUACUGAUAUUGGGCCAGUACACGGAGAAUGAGUGGUAUCCUUGUGGUGAAAAUGGAAAACUGAAGUGUCAUGUUGGUGACUUUGAAGGUAUUAAGCACAUAGGGUUUCAUAGUGGAUUCUCCUCUUCCGUCGCUUUGGCUGUGAUGCUUGUUGGUUACAGAGUUGUUGCUUAUAUUGCUUUGAUGAGGAUUGGUAAGACCAAGUCUGGCUAAUACUUAGUUAUCUCCACUUUUUUUUUUUUUUUUUUUUGGAUUUUUAGCACUUUUUGAGUAAGAUCGAAUGUAUAACACCAAUAAGUUCUUAUUGAAUUAUUGUUUUUGUUAGCCUCUUUUAAUGCUAUGUUUUGUUUAAUUAAUCGAUUGAUUUGGUCCCCCUCAAGUGGUCC